GAAGCCAUGGAAACACCCCCCCACAACACAAGACAAUCCUGCUUUUGAUGACUUUUCCUUUGGCACUAUCGAGACCCCUGUCUCCCCUCCCCCUUUCUCUCUCCUGUCUCUGGUCUGGUGCUCCGCUUUCGUUCUUUCGUCUCUCUAUCUUUACUGUUCUCCCGCUCUCUCUCUCUCUCUCUCUCUCUACGGGUCAUUUGAUCGAACACCGGAAGCGCGCUUGAGCUCCGGCCGCCGGCAUCGCGCCGCGCGCGGAUGCGAGUAGUGUCCUGAAGAAGGCGUGGGGGCGCGGGGGACGGAGGGGGCCGGUGGGUCGGGGGGCUCGCCCCGAGUCAUGAGAGGAAGCGCGUGAGACGGGGGCGGCGGAGGAUAAAUGGCGGGGAGAGCGGAGGAGGAGCUGGAGCGGAGGAGCAAGUUCCUGAGCAGCCUGAUACAGAAGAAGAAGGCGGUAGAGGAGCAGGACCAGCACGAUCGGCUCAACGUCCGCGUGCGGGCCUCGGACAUGCCCGUCCCCCUGCAGAACAAGGCCUUCCGCUGCGCUCGCGAUCACCUCGACGCCAUGCGCGGCGGCAAGCUCGACAGCAAGCGAAUCGCUCUCGCGCUUAAGAAGGAGUUUGACUGUUCAUACGGUCCAGCUUGGCACUGCAUCGUGGGAACUAGCUUCGGAUCUUAUGUCACGCACUCACUUGGAGGCUUCUUGUACUUCUCAAUCGAUAAGGUUUACAUCCUUCUCUUCAAGACAGCAGUUGAGCCCUUGGACCACUGAUUGUAUCUGGACAGUCUAUGUGUCUUGUUUCGCCAUCACAAGUUUUUCUUCCUAGAUUAGUAUGUAUAAUUGUGGUUUGCGAAACUUCCAAGCGUCAACUUCAAAGGUAUUCAUCACUAACUGCCUGCCAGCGGACCGGUGACUACCAAUUCUUGUAAUAAUUUCCCAUGUUGGAUUGAAUCUCAACCAUUUAUCUGGUGUCUAACACUCUAUACCUUGUUCCCAACUUAAAUUUAGGUGGUUGUGUUAUGAUUUGCCA